AUGAUCUGCACGGCUAUUUGGACAGUCAUCGGUCUUGCAAUCGGUGUGCAGGCUCAACCCCAGGGGAUCACCACGACUGCGGUGAGCGGCUGCUCGUCGCUCCCAGGGUUUAACAAUGAAACAAAUAUCGCCGGCCCUUGGACGAUCAAGAUCGAUGAAUGUAACAGUGCGACAGCAACCGGUGCGGCCUGUAGCAUUGAAGGAUACGCGGCCACCUGUGAUGUGAAGCGAUCGGCUGGCGAAACGGGAAUCGAAAAGGGCAUCAUCACCGUCGCCGACAGCCCCCAGACCGCCCCCACCAUGUUCCGUUGCAAUGGCGCUCUCCAGACCUACGAGGCUCUAGUGCCCUCCGGGGCUGGGGCGCUUGAUUGGCAUGCCGUUGGUCUUGAACGGGACUCAAGCACCAAUGAAAUGGAAUGGGGCCUAAGCGCCAAGGACUCCGAACCGCUACAAGCAUACCGCCAAUAUGAACGCGGGACUCCAGUGAGCGGUCUCUUUCUGGGAUCCCAAGGCCGGACUGGCUGGGUGGUGCGCCAUUCAGGCUCGGGGCUGAGCACACCAGAUCGACAGCCGUUCUGGUUCUUGCAUCUCAGAACUCAAAGCACAAUUCGAGGGACGGGCGAGUACGAGGUCCAAAUUCGAAUUGAAGGCAGCUAA